GGUUCGGAGCCCUUUUUCCUUGUCUUUUCCCAAUCCCGCUCCCGCCAAAGCAUCUCUCUCUCAACUCUCUCUCUCUCUCCAAUGGAAAGCCCCGUUGCCCCACGGACCACAUACAGAGACAACGACGAAUGCCCCAACACUCCGACCACGCACGAUGACCACACCCAAUCCCUUCAUCCUCCUUCACCUCCACAACAACCACAAUCACCACUACCACAACAACAACAAUCACAACCAAAAGAAGAACCCAUUCAUCUCAAAACCAACAACAAACAACAGCCAGCAUCCUCCUCUGAUCCCUCCUCCUCCAAUCCACCGUCUGAUGACGCCUCUGACGAAGAAGAAGAUGCUGCUCCCACCCAAAAGAGGCAAAAACCCCUCUCUCCCAUCUCCUCCCCCACUUCACCGUCAUUGACUACAAUGAAAAAGCCAACAACCCCAGCAUCAGCAGCAGCAACAACAACAACAACGAAAAAGAAGCAGUCCAAGAAGAAAAACAACAAUGUCUGGACUAAACCCACCUCCCGAAAACACAAGAAGAAGCCCAAACCCACUCCCGUGCAAGACGACACCGUCCUCAUCACGCCCAUCCCACGCUUUCCAGACAAGUCCGAUGACUCCCCUGAUGCCCGAAUCUGCCUCUCCAAGAUCUACAAGGCUGAGAAGAUCGAGCUGGCCGAUGACCGCCUCACUACUGGCAGCUCCAAGGGCUACCGCAUGGUUCGGGCGACCCGAGGGGUUGUCGAGGGUGCGUGGUAUUUCGAAAUUAAGGUCUUGAAGUUGGGGGAGACGGGCCAUACACGCCUUGGGUGGACAAUGGAGAAGGGGGACUUGCAAGCACCGGUUGGGUACGAUGGGAAUAGUUUCGCGUACCGUGAUGUGGACGGAAGUAAGGUUCACCGGGCGAUGAGGGAGGCAUAUGGGAAGGUGGGUUAUGGAGAAGGGGAUGUCGUUGGAUGCUACAUUAGUCUUCCGGAGGGGGGCUUGUAUGCGCCCAAGCCACCGCAACUUGUUUGGUAUAAGGGACAACGGUACGUCUGUGCUCCUGAUGGGAAGGAAGAUCCUCCCAAAGUGAUACCUGGAAGUGAGAUAUCUUUCUUCAAGAACGGAGAAUGUCAAGGCGUUGCAUUCACCAAUCUGAAUGGUGGCCGAUAUUAUCCAGCUGCUUCCAUGUACACGCUCCCCAACCAGCCCAACUGUGUUGUGAAGUUCAAUUUUGGGCCAGAUUUUGAAUUCUUUCCGGAAGACUUUGGUGGCCGUCCAUCCCCAACGCCCAUGAUUGAAGUUCCUUACCAUGGAUUGGAUGUCAAAGUUGAAGGUGUCGCUCAGAAUGGCCAAUCUGCAGAGAAGAAAACAUUAACAAAAGAUGAAAAAGAGGGGUAGAUCUCUCUGUAACGUGUUUUCCUCUUCCCAUUCUUUCUAUUUUUAACUAUGGGAAAUUCACCAGGGGCUUGUAAUGAUACUAAUUUCUUCCUCUUGUUUUAGCCUGAAAUGGUUUUAACGCCGGCCGCCAUUCUUGCCAAAAUACGAGCACAUAUAACUUAGGAUGAGCAAAGUUUUAAAGAAGACUCUUAUAUUAACCUAAAGAAAGGAAAUUAGGCAGGAGUUGCAUGAAAACAUUUGAGUAGAAUGUUAGCUGGAUCUGUUGUAUGAACUGCAGUGGGGACAACCUGCCCAUGUGUGCUGCCCGCCAAUAUUGAAGCAUCUGAUUCCAGUAUUGUAUACAGUACAUGUUUCUAAGGCCUCACUUUGCCUUUCA